AUGUUAAUAAUAAAGCGAUUUAAACCCCAAAUAACAAAAUAUAAAGCUCUUAAAGGCCUCAAAUGUCUUCACUUUAACUACCUACAACGCUACAAGGCAACAAAAACUGUUUGCCUUCCCGAAAAAAUUGCUAUUUUAGAUGCUGGCUCACAAUAUAUUAAACUCAUAAAACGUAAGGUUGAGCAAUUAGGCAUAGCAAAUGAUAUUUUACCUUUGGAAACAACUGCCUGCUGUCUUAAUGCGAGAAAUUAUAAAGCUAUUAUCAUAUCGGGUGGUCCCCAUUCCGUUUAUGCCAAAAAUGCUCCCCCUUAUGAUGCGAAAAUAUUUCAACUUAAAAUACCCAUUUUGGGCAUUUGCUAUGGCAUGCAAAUGUUAAAUCAAGUAUUUGGCGGUUCAAUCGAAAAGACAAGUGUGCGAGAAGAUGGUCAAUAUCAAGUUGAUUUGGAUAUUAAAUGUAAAUUAUUUCAAAAUUUAUUUCAAAAACAAAUAGUACUUUUGACCCAUGGCGAUAGUGUAGUGAAGGUGGGGGAUAAUUUGAAAAUUUCUGCAAGAUCUGAGAAAAAUCUUAUAGCGGCCAUUGCCAAUGAUGAUUUGCAACUGUAUGGUGUACAAUUUCAUCCAGAGGCUAAGAUGUCAAGAUGUGGUGGAGAAAUUUUUAAAAAUUUCUUGUAUAAAAUAUGUGGCUUAAAGUCGGACUUGUUUAAAGCUGAUGUAAAGACUCAGAUUUUGGAAUAUAUAAAGAAGAGGGUAGAAGAUAAAAAAGUCGUAUUGUUGAUAAGUGGUGGUCUGGAUUCUUGUGUCUGUGCGGUUUUAUUGAGAGAAGUUUUAGGGGCAGAACAAAUUUUAGCGGUUCAUAUCGAUAAUGGUUUCUUGCGAAACGAGGAAUGUGAAAGUGUGGAGAUCUUUUUGAAAACUUUGGAAAUGGAUUUGAUAAAAUGUGAAGAAUUCUUAAAAUUCCUAAAAAGUUCUAGAGAAAUCAAGCAUUUGAAAGGAGCUCAGAGUCCAAAAGCUCCUUUGCUAUGUGAGACCCUUAAUCCCGAAGAUAAACGCCUUAUAAUAGGCAACACUUUUGUAAAUAUAACACAAGAACUUCUCAAACAAUUACAACUCAAAAACGACAAAAUAUUAUGGGUCCAGGGUAGUUUAGAAAGUGAUUUAAUAGAAUCGGGCUGUAAAGAUUGCAGUAAUUUAUUAGACACCAUUAAAACCCAUCAAAAUGAUACGAAACUAGUUCGGCAACUACGCAAUGAAGGACGUUUAAUAGAACCUUUAAGUCAGCUUAACAAAGAUGAAGUAAGAAAACUAGCUAAAGAAUUAAAAAUACCAAAAGCUAUAAGAGAAAAUCAUCCUUUUCCCGGUUGUGGUCUAGCCAUACGUAUAAUAUGUGCUCAGGGACCUUUUAAAGAAAAAGAUUUUGAUGAAACCCAACAAAUGGUCGCCUAUAUAGUCAAUUAUCGAAAACAUCUAACAAAGAAUGACAAAUUAAUGAAUAAUCUUAAAAAUAAUUUAACAAAAACUGAACAAAAAGAACUCUUAAGGAUAACCUGCCAGAAUCAACUACAAGCCUGUCUAUUACCUUUACGUUCGGUGGGUGUACAGGGUGAUGGUCGCAGCUAUAAGUAUGUUCUGGGCCUCUCUAGUUGUCAAGAACCCAAUUGGUGUGAUUUAUUUUAUUUGGCCCAAUUAAUACCUACCCUAUUACAUAACAUCAAUCGGGUGUGUUAUAUCUUUGGUAAAGUCAAUUCCCAAUUAAAUCCAACUAUUACCACUACUUUAGUUAAUAAAGAAAAUUUAAAACUACUAAGACAAGCCGAUAAAUUAGCUAAUGAUCUAUUAAGAACGAAAAAAACUUUAUCAUAA